AUGGGCCGUGUUGGCAGUCGUAGUAAGACAAGUUCUACUGGAGUUUCAUUCGAAGCCGAGGCUGCGUUUGUGCCCAUCGACUUUAACUCAAGCAUCCUCGAAAUUCUUCUCUCAGGACACUUUGAAGCUGACUUUUUCUCGUACUGUUCAAAUCGUCUAACUGACUACACCUGUCACUAUUGGUUUGACUCCAGACAAUCAGAACAUGGCAGAGCGGUCCCUUUAUCGUUUUCCUUUAACCGAGACAAGACAAAUUAUGCAUUAUCACUGCUUAAUUUGAUUCUAAUUUUAGCUCAAAUCCAGAAUCUGGCAUCUUCGUUUUCGACGUCAAAUGAUACUGGAUUUUCACCAAUCAAUAAUCCCGUUGAAACGCAUUCGCAAAUGCUGUUGCGUUUUGCUGAUUCGUCAAAACUUCCCGUCUCUAUAACGGGUGGAAUCGGACCCCACGGGCUACCCAGGAAGCCCAAUGAGACGGCUGUGUUAAUCACUGACCUUGUACAAUUUUCGCUGACAAAUAAACAGCACGCUAGCUUAAUCAUACUCAGCUUUAUCCUUCUGUUUAGCCUAAUGCUAAAUCUCCUCAGCAUCCACUGCCUGCAUCAGAUCUCAAGCUGUGGAAUUAAGAUAACCCGAGUUCUAGUUUAUUUAGUCGUGUUGGAGACCGCUGAUUUAUUCUUCGAGCUCAUCAAUACACUAGUGUACGUGUCCCAAGAAGUGCCUUUAUUCACCAUUAUGGAAUUCUUCGGACGUUGGUCUUGCCAGACCCUUUCAAUGGGCUACAGUUGUCUCAAGCACGCAGAAGGACUGCUCAUUGCCACACUGGCGCUAGACUCAGUAAUCUUUCUCAAAUCACUUCGGCAACACGUGGCGCAGUUUCGAGCCGAGUGGGCCUACAACAUAUUCAUCCUGAUCAUCGCGUUUCUAGGCACAACAAACAGUCAGUACUUCUGGACGUUUGACCUCUUCCACCUGGACAAUCGCAUACACCUGAGUGACUCCGGCAGAGGUGGAGGUGCCAACAACGAACCGUCCUUGUAUGCGUGUGGGUUUUCGCCGUCCUGGGGACUAAGCCACGUGUUUACGUCGCACAUCUGGCCGAUUGUUGAUCACCUCCUGGCAGAUGUUUUUCCUUGCAUUCUGCCUCUAGUCGCGGGAACCUUGAUCCUGGCAAGGCAUCGUGAUUGGUUGCGCUUGGACAAUCGCGAUAUUCACACCACCUGUGCAACCGCGCUUGAUGAGACACUGUGCAUUUUGCCUGUUUUAUUCAUUUUACAUGGCAUCUCAACACUUCCAAGGAUGGUAUUUUACAUUGCAAAGUAUUUCGUAUUUUCAGAAAAAAAUCUCAAUCGCAUUGGACUGAUAUUUCACCGCGAGGAUAAUCAACUCCCAGGCGAUGGCAAAAUCGUAACUGCCAUCGCAAAGCUCAUUUCAUUUCGACAAAUCAGCCCGAAAAUUCUCCCCCAGUUGAAGGACAUCGACUUCAGCCUCCGAUUCAUUCUGCCAAUCUUCACGCUUGGAAAGGCCUUGGUCGUAGUCUUCGGUUUCUCGGCAUCGCGUCGCAUGCUUCGUGGCGCUUUCAAACGCAUUCUUACUUUUUCCUGUUUCCAGAGAUGCUCACAACGAACUAGAGUGCGGUCAGACCCGAUCAAAGCCGUUGCCAACAACUCUGAACGCAUUGCCUUCACAGACCUCCUGACUACUGGCGUACCCCGAGUUGUGCCCUCAAAAACGCCUUUGUACAUAAGCAGAGAAGACGUGGAAGAAUUCGCAGUAUGA